AUGGAAAGUAAAACAUCUCAUAUUGUUUAUGAGCAAAUUCAAAAUAAUCCACCAAAUGAUCGUCGUAUUUUAUCAAUUCAAAGUCAUGUCGUACAUGGAUACGCUGGCAAUAAGUGUAGUGUAUUUCCUUUACAGCUGCAUGGAUAUGAAGUGGAUCCAAUAAAUUCGGUACAAUUUUCCAAUCAUUCAAGAUAUAAAUUGAUGAAAGGUCAAACAUUGGAUGGCGUACAAUUGAAUGAUAUUUAUGAAGGCUUGAAACUGAAUGAAAUUAACAAUUAUUCACACAUUUUAACAGGAUAUUGUAGAAAUUCGUCAUUUCUGCAAGGAGUUGUUAAUAUAGUCAAAGAUUUGAAACAGAAUAAUCCGGAUGUUCUUUUCUACUGUGAUCCUGUAUUGGGUGACAACGGCCAUUAUUACGUUCCAAAAGAGUUGAUGCCAAUUUAUCGUGAUGUUUUAAUCCCAUUGGCUGAUGUGAUCACACCAAACAUUUUUGAGUUAUCUGAACUAUCUGGUUUAUCUAUAAAUAAUCAGCACGAAUGUUUGGAAGCAAUUGACUUGAUGCAUAAAUGUGGUGUUAAAACAGUAGUUGUUUCAAGCGGUCUGGAAACGUCAACUACAAAGUUUUGUUAUGGAUCUGUUUAUAAAGAUUCUAGUGAACGAGCCUUGCAAUAUCGUUUUGAUAUACCGACAUUACCAGGAAUAUUCGUAGGUACAGGUGAUGUUUUCAUUAGCCUACUCCUUAUUUGGAUGGAUAAAUUGAACGGCGAUAUUACAGCGGCUAUCCAGAAUGUUAUUGGUACUUUGCAAGGUAUACUACAACGAACUGCAAACAAAGCAUACCGUCACCGGAAUCCGAAAGAAUAUACUCCAACAUCGGAAGAAUUGGAACUACAACUAGUGCAAAGUCGUUUAGAUAUACUCGCUCCACAAGUUACUAUUAAGUCAACAAAACUUCAAUAG